AUAAAAGCUUCAACAAGGCGAGCAAGGGCAGCAGGGCAGUCCUGUUCCGCGAUCGGUGGAGGCAAGAUCCCGGGUCGGUCUCCCGUGUUAGCGGCCCCGCCUUUCCCGCGAAAAUCGCGCGUAAACUCUAAACCACACAUACAUCGAGUCAUCUUUCCGCCAAAUCAUUUCCACACAGCUCAACACAUUCGCGCGACCGGCCUAGACCACCAGCCCACCAGCCCACCAUGGCCCCCUCCCUCGAGGCCGAGCCCGACUCGGUCGCCUCCGUCCUCGCCAACCCUCUCGCCCAAAAGCCCCAACUCGUCGCCCCCGAACCCGAACACUGUCCCGGCCCCGAAUCCCAACAAGCCGGCACCGCCGACUCCUGCGCCGGGUGUCCGAACCAAGCCAUCUGCGCCACCGCGCCCAAAGGUCCCGACCCCGACAUCCCUCUCAUCACCGCGCGCCUAUCGGGCGUGAAACACAAGAUCCUGAUCCUCUCCGGCAAGGGCGGCGUGGGCAAGUCAACAUUCACAAGCCUUCUAGCGCACGCCUUUGCGACCAACUCCGAACAAACGGUGGGCGUGAUGGACACCGACAUCUGCGGGCCCUCGAUCCCAAAAAUGUUGGGCGUGGAGGGGGAGACGAUCCACGUCUCCAGCGCCGGGUGGUCGCCAGCGUGGGCGAUGGAUAAUCUGGCGGUGAUGAGCAUCCAGUUCAUGCUGCCGAACCGCGACGACGCGAUUAUCUGGCGCGGACCGAAGAAGAACGGACUUAUCAAGCAGUUUCUGAAGGAUGUGGAGUGGGGCGAUUUGGAUUUCUUGCUGGUUGAUACGCCUCCCGGGACAAGCGAUGAGCAUCUGAGCGUGAACACGUACCUGAAGGAGAGCGGCAUUGAUGGGGCCGUGAUGGUUACCACGCCCCAGGAGGUGUCCCUGUUGGAUGUCAGGAAGGAGAUUGAUUUCUGCAGGAAGGCGGGGAUCAGGGUGCUGGGACUGGUGGAGAAUAUGAGCGGGUUUGUGUGCCCCAAGUGCACGCAUGAGAGCGAGAUCUUUAAGGCGACGACGGGGGGUGGGAGGAAGCUGGCGGAGGAGAUGGGGAUUGCGUUUUUAGGGAGUGUGCCGCUUGAUCCGAGGAUUGGCAUGGCGUGCGAUUAUGGCGAGAGUUUCUUUGAUAGCUUCCCGGAUAGCCCGGCGUGUAGGGCGUUGAAGGGGGUGGUCAAGGGCUUGGCGACCGAGAUGGGAUUGGAUCCGGCGGUGGUGAUGCCGGAGGAGGAUGACGCUUGAGGGGGAACAAGGGUAGCAUGGACACGGAGUUUGGGACUGGUUUCUGGCUUUAUAUGGUUGGGAUAUCACGGCGUUUAUAUAUGAGAAGAUCAUAGAUGAUCCGGCAUCUAGCUGAACUUUGCCUUCCUUCACAAUGGCCUCCCUGUGCUCCUUAUACCUUGCUCUGGUUCCUGGCUGUACGUCGCGUGAUUUCCCAGCUCUUAUACCCAAU